AUGGUGACAGCAGCAAAAAUUAUUGAUCGCGUUACAGAGACCAAAUGGUCCAAACUAUACAUUUCAAUGGCAUCUUGCCAGUGUGUCAUCAUCAUUGCACUGCAAGCAUCGAUUUGUUAUCUCAACACCUACCAAGCACAUUUACUGCCUGAACCCACAACUGACAGCGUGUUGACAGCAAGUUCCACAGUAGACGACUACCUCCCAUUAAGAGCAGCAGAUCGCUUGGGCAGAAUCAAGUGGGAAAACAUUGCUUUCAUGGGAUUUCAAGUCUGGUUUUUGGGCAUGGCAUUUGACGCUACGGUUUACCAAAACACAGCGGAGAUUCUGGCACUGGCUAUUUUGAAUGUACUCUGCUCUAUAUUAGGUGCCUUGCAAGUGGUCGAUGGUGUGAAAUGGCUGGAUCGAUUAAUACACACAAACUAUUCAGUAGACGCAUUAGCCAUGGCCGAAAAGAUUGAAAUCUCCUUGUCAGUCGUUAUCUUGACAUUUGCUGUCAUCAUGUCAUUUCUUAGUUAUCAAAUGUCAAAGCAAUUUGGCUGGAACAUUUACAAAAAGAUUGGUGCCGAUGUGCAAAUUCAAAAGAUGUACCGCAUGUUUCAAUUCUUUGUGUUGGCUCUCAAGAUUGACGUCUUUACGCAAUUUAUGGUCUCCAUCUUUUACCUGAUCCAGUUUGCUCUCAAGCAAGGCAUCAUGUGGGAAACUAUCAUCCAAGUCAUUGUCACCAUCUUUAUUAUACCAUUCCUCUACUUUGCACGUUCGGCUGGAAGCGCAGAAAGCAAGCCUAAAAUGAUCCUGUUCAUCGUGUUUGAAUGUCUGGUCCUGUUCCAUUUUGCCUUGAUCUUUUCACAGACGUUGCAGCCCAACAACAACUGGUACACUUGGAUUUGCUUGAUCUGGAUUGGUGUUGCAUUCGCUCUGGUGUCUUGUGUAUUGGGCAUCAUUUGUAUGCGCAACUUUGGAAAGGGUCUCAAGCCAUUUGUGCAAAGAGGCAAUGUCAAGGCCAAGAUGGACCUUGAGAGUAAUAACCUGCAGAAACAAAAGGCACACGAAAGCUGGCAAAUUGACGAUGAUUAG